CUCACACCAGCAUACUCGUUCACGGACUAUCGGUCACAAGGUCAGACCAUCAAUAACGCCAUUAUAGACAUUGCGACACCACCUACCGCGGGGCUUACUUCAUUCAAUGUCUAUGUCGCACUAUCACGAGCUCAACAUUUGAGAAUUGAAGAUGAAAGGUUGGCAAUGAUGGAUCGGGAGACGGAGCAAUGGUGGAAAGAA